GUGAACAGUUGAAUUGGAUGGUUUGUUAAAAUGGUGGGACCUAAGAUAAUAUUUGUAUUUAUAACUGGAUGUGUAACCUGUUUGACUGCAGAUACUGUCGAACAAAUAUUUACCAGGGACAACAAGGUCCCUGUGAAAGGAGAUGAUAUACAGCUUGUAUGUGAGGUGUCACAGUUCACCAUCGGUGGUAUUGUCAGGGUCUAUAAGACAGACUCCAUUCCUCCAGCAGAUAUUAAUACUGCUCCAUCAUUAGUAGCGUGUAACCCAUCACAGUGUUUAGGAACUGUACCAAGACAUACAUUCAGCACAAGCAGCAGGGGUGUCACUAUAACAGUCACCAAUCUCAAUAGGUCAGAAGACCAGAAAUAUUGGACAUGUGCCAUCAACUACCAAAGAAAAUACAUGGAGCUUACUGUAUACAGUAUGUUUAUCGUUGAAGAAUCGACUAGUGGAUCACGUCAAGAAUGGUCAACAACAGCACCUGUGACUAAUAGAACUGGUGAUUGUACUGACUCUGAGAAAAUAUAUACGUCAACGUUAACAUUACCAAGAUACACAGUGUUUACUGACAAUACAGAUACCACUGUGAAGUUUCAGUGUGGUGCUAUAUCAGACACUGGUGCAGAAGAUCAACUAUUAACGCAAACAUCCGUAGAUAUUCGAUUUGCAGCGAAUAUUGCGCGUAACAGUGAUAAAAUAUGUUUCUCCUGCAAUGACAUUAUAGAUCUGAAAUUAUGCGACUCUGUUGACCGCUGUCAUGGCAACCAGAUAUGUUUUGUUGAGAAGUAUACCUUGGAUAAUGGUCAUACACAUUACAGUUCUGGAUGUAAAGAUAUACAGACAUGUAUGCAGCAUUCCUUUAAUGGGACAUCUAGUUGUCUGCAAUGUUGUGAGACAAGUUUUUGUAAUUCACAAGGUUGUGGUGGCACAGCGUUCCCACCUCGACAGAAAAGAGGUCCACUUUGUUUAGAUUGUGCGCAUGUUAGCGAGCCAAUAGACUGCGAUCAAAUAGCAUUGUGUUCUUCGAGCGAGUCCUGUAGGAUUGAAAAGGUGAAAUGGGGAGAUUCAUUCCAGUACCACUUAGGAUGUGAAAGCAAGAUACACUGCUCAUCUAAAAGUAGACAACUAGUCCAUGAGACAAGAGCUGUACCAGUUUGUCGAGCUUGUUGCGACGGUGACUUUUGCAACCGAAAUUGCACAAACAAUCUACCAGUUAACCAACAAACAAUAAUUGGAUAGGCAACGAAACAAAGUUAAUUUGCAAAUUAGCAAAAGAAAUUGUCUUUGGCCAUUUAAAAAAUGAUAUUUUCAGUAUGGCUAAAACAAGCAAUACCAUUGACAAACAUAUAGUACAAAAAUAUGUAAGUUAAUAUUUUAUUAAACAGCUAUAAUUUCAA